AUGUUUCGAAUCCUCGAGUCGCAGGCGCCCGCCAAACAAACGGCGACGGACACAAUCAACACAUUAAGCAGUAGGCUGCAGAGUGCAACGUUACUAGAGGACCGCCGGGCCGCCAUACAAGGAUUGAGAAGCUUUGCGAAGAUAUAUCCCGCAUCAGUUGCGUCAGGUGCCUUACGACCCUUGAUUAGCAGCCUCCGCAAUGAUAGGGAAGAUGUGGACACACUCAAGGUGGUCCUUGAGACCUUGUUGGGACUAUUCUCGCCGGAUGAGAGCAGUCCCGAAGCGUCGGAUGAAAUAGCUCUUUGGCUUUCGGACGAGUUUACUCAGCGACAAGAUAAUAUCACAGCCCUACUAGAUCUUUUAGAUACCCGCGACUUCUAUUCACGCCUAUAUUCAAUACAGCUCAUGUAUCAGAUCUCGAGCGCACGACCCGAGAGGACGCAAGAAUGUAUAUUGACAGCGCCACUGGGUAUCCCACGACUCGUCAGUGCUCUCAGUGACUCGCGGGAGCCCGUACGAAACGAGGCGCUACUCCUUCUGAUUGCAUUGACACCCGCAUCGGAAGAAUUUCAAAAGCUUGUCGCUUUUGAGAAUGCAUUCGAAUCCAUAUGCUCCUUGAUAGAGACAGAAGGGGGCUUGACACAUGGAUCAGAGGUCAUCGAGGACUGUCUUUCUCUGCUUGCCAACUUGUUGAAGCUCAACAUACCGAACCAGUCAUACUUCCGAGAGACUGGUUGCAUACAAAGGCUGGCUAAGCUUCUUGCUGAUGUCAACCGUGAACAAGACUCGUCUGAGGAACUUACACCGCAAUGGGCCCUUGCUCAUCGCGAUAGGAACGUCUGGGGCCUACUAGUCAUUAUUCAGCUAUUCUUAGUAAAAGGCGGCAUUAACACGCAUGCUAAUCAGAUGGCCUUUUGGAAUAGCGGUGUGAUGGAACAAGUCCUUAGUACCGCCUUCGGCCAAAAGUUCACAGUCAAUGUUACAGCAAAGGUUAGUAAAUCAUUGCUACCUAAGAUUUGA